AUGACAUCUCUUUCCGAACCAGAUAUCUUAUCUCUUCUCAAUCGAUCGUCUACCUCCACCGCCGGCAUUAUCGCCUACCCAGAGGGAAGCAACGCCUCUCCAAUACAAAUCAGCUACUCUCAACUCCGUGACUGGGCUUCGCAGAAGGCAAUAUGGCUCCUCGAGCAUAAUGAAUAUCGUCCUGGAGGUAUCACUCUAGUGCAUUUCAAACAUCAUCUUGAUAACAUCGUCUGGUUCUGGGCCAGUAUCCUGGCCGGGAGUGUACCAGCUUUGUCGCCGCCCUUGGUGAACACCAGCGAGGGCCGUCAAGCUCAUUUCAAGCACCUGCAUACCAUUCUCGAAGACCCAUUAGUCUUGACCCACUCGGAACUCCUGCCUAGUGAGUUCGGUGAAAAUGAUGUUCUUCGGGUUAUCGCGGUCGAAAGUGAUCGCCAUGUGGAUGCGAAGCAAGGGUGCCCAAUUAACCAAUCACUCUCCAGCAAUGGGGAAAAUAGCGGCGACCAUCCCAGCACUAGUGGCGCAUUACAUCGGAAUCCUGUUUCUCAGCCUGUGAAUUCGCAGCUUAAAAAUGUCGCUGUCUUGAUGCUCACAUCCGGUAGCUCCGGACAUGCCAAGGCUGUCGGGUUAACUCAUGAGCAAAUAUUUGCUGCUCUACGAGGGAAGUUGACUGCCAUAGAGGUCAGUCAAGAUGCAGCUGUCCUCAAUUGGAUCGGCCUGGACCAUGUUGCUAGUCUCACGGAAGUUCAUCUGCUAGCGAUGUUCGCCGGCGUUACCCAGGUCCAGGUCCAGGCUGUCGAAGUAUUGGGAGAUCCAUUGCAUUUCUUGCGCCUCCUUUCUGAGCACAAUGUCUCGAUGAGUUUUGCUCCUGACUUCUUCUUGCGCAAACUACUCGCGAAACUUGAUGAAGCAUCUUCGGAGGAGAAGCAAGGCAUUGAUCUCUCCCAAUUAAAGGUUCUCACUUCGGGCGGCGAACUCAACAAUGUCGAUACUGGAGUGCGAGUGACAGACUAUCUGCAGAAGCUAGGCGCCAAGUCAUCAAAUAUUAUUAUCCCAGGAUUUGGAAUGACCGAGAUCUGUGCUGGAGCGAUCUUUAAUCGCAAAUUUCCAGAAAUAGACAGGAAGGCACUACGUGAGUCUGGUGUGCUGGGUACGCCUGUUCCCGGUAUUGAGAUGCGAGUCACUCCCCUGGAUGCCGCACGAGAAGUGCCUAGCAAUGACCUCAGCCCUACAACCAAUGAUGCUGGUCACCUGGAACUACGCGGACCAAUCGUGUUCUCACGGUAUUUCAACAAUGAUGAGGCCACACAGGCUGCCUUCACUGAAGAUGGUUGGUUCAAAACUGGAGAUCUGGCUACCAUUGAUUCACAAGGGCAGCUUCAUUUGGCUGGACGUCUCAAAGAGCUGAUCAACAUCAACUCUGUCAAGUAUCUACCAUACGAGAUUGAAGAGGCUAUUGAGUAUGCACGGAUCCCUGGUGUAGCACCAUCUUUUGUUGCUUGCUUCUCGUACAAGGAAACCACUAUCAGUCCCGAGAAGAUUUUCGUCGUUUACCAACAAGAUUAUGAGCCCGAUGAUACAGAUGCGCGUAUUGCGGCAUUACACGCAAUCAUCCGCACGGUAGUGCUCGUCACCUCCUCUCGCCCACUUGUAUUGCCACUUCCUUCGGGGAUUUUGCAAAAGACAACCCUGGGGAAGCUCUCUCGUCCAAAAAUAUUGACUGCAUUAACUGGGGGAAGAUAUGCCGAGUAUCUGAAGAAAGAUGUCGAAGCUUUGGAUUGCUAUCGCAAGACCCAUGUCUCAGCUCCAAGCAAUGAUACGGAACGAACACUGAUGUCCCUGUUCAAAGAUAUGCUUGGGUUAGAUAUCGGCAUGGGCAUUGAUAUGCCAAUCCUGGACACAGGAAUUAGUUCUGUGGAGCUUAUGAAGCUAAAACGCUCGGCCGAAUUGACUUUUGAAAUCAAGGAAAUCCCCAUGCUUAUCAUUCUCACGCACACAACUAUUAGAUCUCUGGCAGAGGCCAUUCGCAAAUUUAAGGGCGAUGAAUAUACCGGCGAAUAUCAUCCGAUCGUCACUUUACAGCCACAUGGCUCUAAAACUCCCCUUUGGUUGUUCCACCCCGGUGUCGGAGAAGUUCUUGUCUUCAUGGCAUUGGCGCAGUAUUUCCCAGAUCGACCAGUCUAUGCGUUUAGACCCCGGGGCUUUAAUCCUGGCGAACAGACUUUCAAAGACCGAGAUGAACUCAUAGAGACUUACUAUGCUGCUUUGAGAAAGAAACAACCCCAUGGUCCUUACGCACUUGCCGGGUACUCAUAUGGCAGUGUUCUUGCGUUUGAGAUUUCCAAGCAGCUCGAAGCAAUUGGGGAGGACGUGAAAUUCUUAGCCUCGCUGAAUCUCCCCCCUCAUAUCAGAGAUCGCAUGCGAAGACUCGACUGGACAGCUGGGCUGGUUCACAUUGCCUAUUUCUGCCAGAUUAUAACCGAAGACUGUGUUGAAGCUUUGGCUCCCAUACUCCGAGGCUUUCCGCAGAGUGAACAGAUCGAUAGACUUCUUGCCCAGAGCGACCCAGUCCGAACAGCCGAACUUGGAUUGACCCAUGACUCUCUUUAUACCUGGGUUAAUGUUGCAUUCUCUCUGCAAAAGAUCGGAUGGAACUAUGAUCCUUCUGGAAGUGUGUCGUGUAUGGAUGUCUUCUUCUGUACACCGCUGAAAGAUGUUGCAUCGUCUCGUGAAGAGUACCGGUAUGAGAAGCUUAAUCACUGGGUGGAUUUCGUCCGCGACGAUCUUAAGUACCAUGAGGUUGGCGGGGAGCACUACACUAUGAUCGGGCCAGAGCAUGUUCCCAAGUUCCAGCAGACUUUAAAGAAUGUGAUGGCCGCGCGAGGACUUUAA